AUGUGUGCAUCGUCAGACUUCUUAUUUAACGCUUUGCCGCAACUUGUAGAGGCUCUGAGGCAGUUACAACAGAGGAUAGAUCAUUGUGUCGAUUUUGCCUAUGCUCAGCGUUGUUCGCUAUUGCAGAAGGAGUUGCUAGAGCGACACGAGGCUGACCAUCUUGAGAGUGGUGACGAUAUGAGGCAGGAUGCAUUAGUAUUACAAAUGGUUUCAUUUAUGAAUGGAAUUUGGCUUAGCGAGCACCUAGAUCUACGAAUGAUAACUUUUAGAUGCAUGCCUGUUGGGUACAGGAAAGGAAUGGCCGAGCUGGUGUUAGACUGCGCGACAUUGUGUGAAAUUCAAAAGGAAUUUAGGGACAGUUGA